UUUGUGCUCCUUCCUCCUGGACCUAAAAUGAAAAGGACACUAGUUAGUACAGCCUAACUGAGUGGCUUUCAUUGAUUUACCCACGUCGCACUUAUUUAGCCUCUAGUGAGCAGUGUCCUAUGUUGUAUUUUGAAGGUCCCACCCGGAUGCCCGCUCUGUUUUUGUUGUCUGGAUGUUGGACAGUCUGCGAUGGAGAUCCAGCAGACAACAACACUGGGAGCGGAGCAUCCAUGGAGCUUUUAUGCAGCGAUGUGCAGCGGUAGAUAACACAGGAGCAGGCUGCAUCGAGGCAGAGCUGGUCAGCCUGUUAUGGCCGCUGGACGUUUCCAUGGGGAGACUUCACAUGGAGUUAACUGGACCACUUCGGUAGCAGGAAAACCGCUGUGUGAGAAUGGGACUCCCUGGAUUCUGUAUCUGCUGGAGGAGUGUGUGGACAAUAUUUGGGAGUACCUUAGUGUCGUGAUUGGACUCGUAUCUAUGUUCUGUUUUCUGCUUUCCACACUACCGCAGGUGUAUGUGGCGUAUCGUAAUGGUAAAGUAGAGGAGGCCAUGUCUUUUGGCUUUCUUUUAUUCCUCUUUAGUGGAGACCUGACCAACUUCGCAGGCUGCUAUCUCACCAAUCAACUUCCUAUUCAGGUAGUUGCAGUAAUUUUCUACAUCUUCACAGACCUGAUCCUCAUCUCACAGUUUAUAUAUUAUAAAAUUAAAAACAGCUCAAGCAAAAAAAACCCAUUGUUGAAGUGGCUUUGCUUCAUGUGGUGUGGUGUUGGGACAUUACUCCUUCUCUCUUUGCCCAAAAUAAUUAUAAAUAGUACUACAACUACUCAGGGUCCUGGUAUCAACAGGAAAUCCAUGAAGUUAGCCGGAUUCGUAUGUGGAUAUAUUGCAACAAUAUUCUACCUCUUGUCCCGGUUUCCUCAGCUUUAUAAAAAUUUCCAGCGACAGUCCACAGAGGGCACUUCUUACCUCUUGUUUAUCCUUGCCAUGAUGGGCAAUGGGACGUAUGGGCUGAGUGUGAUGCUCGUCCUUCCUGCUCUGAGGGGCUCCAAACAAGCCUUCAUCAUAAACCAUCUGGCCUGGCUCAUCGGCAGCAUGGGGGUCCUCAUCCUCGACUUCUUUGUCACAGCACAAUUCAUCUUAUACAGAAACAACAGGACACCAAAAAGCGUUGCGUUGCCAAGCACUACAGAAGUGGAGCCUCUUCUCUGCGAGGACGAGGAGCAGUCAGUCUUAUAGCACAACACACAUAAACUCACCGUGUUGUAAUCUCACUCUUCAAUCCUGGCAAGGUUUAUUACCCCAUAGAGCUCUUUUAGUUUAGUUUUACGUUGAAUUAUCGUAAUCUUAUUCGCCGUUUGGCCCUGUCACACAAACACAGAGCAAAAAGCUGUAUUCCAGAUGUUUGGAUAGGUUGUAGAGCAGAGGAGUUUUAAGAAAGAAGACUGUCUGGUUUGUUUUGGCUAAUUUAAUUAUUUUUAGUGCCAAGUAGUGUAAAUACUGUACUGUAAAUAGCAAUUUCUCUUGGCUUCGACUAUCUUUUAGAUGUUUUCGUGCCUUUUAAAACUGAAAAAUGCUCUUAAUAACAGUUUUGAAAUUGAAUACAUGUAUUAUUAUUCAGUGCCAUAUUUUAUCUUGGUGUCAUAAAUUCAAGCUUUUACAUUUUAUUUGCAUAUUAAUUUAAAUGCGUAUAAUUCUAGUGUUUACCUUAAUCUGUUUUAUUAGUUUUUAUUUAUUUUUCCCCCUGAAGUUUAACAUUUUUAGACAAAGCUAUUUAUUUAAUGACGACUUAGAGGACUACUUCUUAAUGUGUACCCAUUUCAUUUUUUACACUCUUCAAGUGUCUACCUCUGUGAUAUAGGAGAGAACUUCCUGGAUAAGAGUAGUUUUUCUGCAUGUUAGUUGGUAAUUAUUAUGAUUAUAGAAAAUGUAAAACAUACAUUUUCUGUCUCCCUUUUUACUAGAAUUAGCAUUAUUUUUAUUGUGCCCUCCCCUGUUCAGUUGAAGUAGUAUGUUUAAAGGUGCAUUGUGUAAUUUUUCUGGAGGAGUGUCUGUGAAAUGCUUGGACUGCUGCCUGGAAUGUUCCACAGUAUGACAUUAAACAGCUCCACCUUACAUUUAUUAAAUUACAGCUGGAUUUAUAGCUCAAAAUACUUAGACAAACAGGUAUUCUGUGAGCAGGAUUGCCUCUCCACAGAUCUGACCUGUAACUUGAUCUAGUUUGGUCUUCAUGGAGGUAGAAAUACUGUGAAACAUUCCAGACAAAGCAACAACAUUUGACGGACCCUCCACCCUCCAGAAAAGUUACACAAUGCGCCUUCAAAAUCAAAGCGCACCACUGAGGGUAUCUAGCACCAAAUAAUCGUCCUAUAACUUGAGAAAAAUUGAAGAGACGUUUAUGGGCAGCUGAAGCAGUUCAUCCUGAAACUGGAAAUAAUUAAAAGAUGCAUUGUGUAACUUUCUGGGUGGAGGGUCUGCCACCAUGAAGACGCUGUUGCUUUGCCUAGAAAUGUUCUCACUAUGAUAUUAAACUUGCACUAUGACAGUUUACAGGUCAGAUUUGUGGAGAUGCAUAUUAUUCAAGGUAUUGUUUUACUGUAAAAAAACAAAAAGCAAAACACCUCUAAUUAAAUAAUAAGCAUGUUUAAUUCCAUACAUUGGUUUAUUUCAUGGAAAGCAAAGUCCCUAGCAUUUCUGCAGGCACUCAACCAUGUGAUGGACUUGUACCAGAUAAGUUACAUAGUGCACCUUUAAGUGGUUGGUAAGUUUAGAAGAUAGCUUUUUUUUUUUUUUUUUAAUUAACCAUGACAAGAACUUUGAGUCUGUCUUCUGUUAGAUCUGACAGAAAAGUACGGUAAAAUAACAGGGUAGCACUAUACUUAAGCCAGUAAAUUAACUCAUUUGGGGUGCAUUACUGCCAUGUUUAUAUGUAUGCCUAUAUGUCGUAACUAUUUUAUAAAUGUUUUAACCCUCUAUUUCUGUUAUGGUUUGGGUUGCAUUAGCAUAAUCAAAAAUUUUUUAAUAUAUAGGCCUAUUUUUGCUAUUGCGGAUUUCUCCACCUAAACUGUU